AUAUCUAAGUCUGUUAAGCAUUUAGAUAGCACAGACUAGUAUUUAAAACAUCACAAACUAAUAUCCAGAUAGUAGAUACCAACUAAUAUCCACAAUCAACAAACUAGUAUUCAAUAUGGAUACUCUUAUGUGUUAUCUGGAUACUAAUUAUGUGUUGUUUGGAUACUAUUCUCUGUUGUCUAGAUAUUAGUUUGUGAAUUUGGGAUAAUAGUUGAUUCAUGGUGGAUAUCAAUUAGCAAACUUUGAAUACUAGUUCGUGCUCUCUAGAUACUUUAGUACUUGGAUAUUAGUUUAUGUAUUUUGGGUAUCAGUUAGUAUUUGUUAACGAAUCUUCAAGUUAGCAGAUUAACUUUCCUCGCUGGAACUCCUUCCACUAAUGAAUUGCUUACUUGAAAUGUCGGCGGCGAAGGAACUUGUUUGUUUGAGACACUUGAACUUGUUUUCUCUCGAAUUAAUCAGAAUGAUCCAACGACUAGAAAGUUAAAUAAAGUAGCAAUUGUGUCGUUCGGAGUGCAUGAACAUAUACAAGGAAAGUAUUGUGUCGUGAUAGGUUGUCAUUAUCCAUAUGAAAGGUUGUAUUUAUCAAUACGAAUUAGAAUAUUAGUUCGGUCAGUCUAAUUCCAAACCGAUUGAUCGGUCCAACUCAAAACCAAUUUGACUUGAUUAGUCCGAUUCAACCAAAUUUCCAACAACUAGUUACGCAGAAUCAAUCACUUCUAUGGUUGAUUGACCUCCUAAGCCCAUAUCAAGUUUCUUAGUAGAUUGAUAUUAAAUGCCUCAGUUAAAUCUUAGAUACGAUGUGAUGAAAUUAAGUCUCAAAACUCAAACACUUUGGAUAGAAACAAUAUUUAUCUGUCGGUUUACCUAACUCAACUGAUAAACGUGAAGGUGUAAUUGUUUCCUAAUCAGUCUGGUCAAAGGUUCAAAAUUUCGGUUGGCUAUAUUGUUGAAUGGUGACUCAAAUGGAGAACCAAAUCCAGUCCUCAUAGUCGUAGGAGGAGGCUUGCUGAGUUUAUACAUGGCAACGCUGGAAUGGCAAAAAUGGAAAACAAAAUGUAGAAAGUAGAAACCAGUAAUUGCAGAGAGGAAGCAAACCAACAAAAACCAUGACAAACGUGGGGAAGGUUACUGCUCCCUGCAGCUUUUGCCUACUGGCCGCUGCAUUACCCAUUAAUCGUUUCCGCGACUGAAAACGCUUCUUCCCGUUUGACUACUUCAUCUUCUUCAAAUUCCAAGGGAAGAACCCUCGUUCCUCUUUUCCCCUCCCUAAUCCAUUCCGCUCACGGUUUCGCGGGCUGCCAACAGAGUGGCGGAAAAGAAAGAAGAAGAAGAAGAAGAAGGUCAAAUUUGUUCAGCUACCAGUCUCUGUAAUUUCCUUCAUUUUCCCAAUUCACAGACGAAUUUUUCCAUUGCUUGUGUUUCCCGUAGAAUUUCUCCCCUCCUCAAUUUGUCGGUUUUCCCCUGACCCCAUUUUCGGUUUCGCAUUGCUGCAAGAAAAAGUUUGCUGCUUUGCAAACCUUCAUGGCCCUGAGAGCUGCGGAGUCCAUCUGGGUCGGCGGCCUGUUCAACCCUCGUCCUGAUUCACUCGGGUCGUAUGCGAGACCCGGGUUCGUUGCUGUGGGUCGUGAUUCGGGGCCGGAUAGGCUGUUUGGGAAUUGGCAAUGCUGUUUGUCGGUGGUUCGGGCUCAGAAAAGUGUCACUCAGGUCGACGAUGAGAAGCCGCUGACCCCUGAAGCGGCGAAACCUGUUGGGGUAACAACUCAUGGCGACAAGGAAAUUGUGUCCAAGGGAUUUCACAGGGACAUCAACUUUCUUCCCAAACCGUUAAGUGUAACGGAAGAUUCAUCCUCCACUUAUGAUGGCAGAAAAGUGAGGGUUGCAUAUCAGGGGAUUCCAGGUGCAUAUAGUGAAGCUGCUGCACUAAAGGCUUACCCGGGUAGUGAAACAGUACCAUGUGAUCAGUUUGAAGCUGCCUUCAAGGCAGUAGAACUCUGGUUAGUGGACAAAGCAGUCCUCCCCAUUGAGAACUCAGUUGGUGGGAGCAUCCAUCGUAAUUAUGACUUGCUCCUCCGCCAUAGGCUUCAUAUAGUAGGAGAGGUACAGCUGGAAGUUAAUCAUUGCCUCUUGGCACUGCCCGGUGUAAGGAAAGAGGAGCUCAAACGUGUGCUUAGCCACCCCCAAGCACUCGCUCAGUGUGAGAUGACAUUGAGCAGCUUAAAUAUUAUUAGAGUCAAUGCUGAUGAUACUGCUGGUUCUGCUCAGUUAGUAGCUGCAAGUGGCCAAAGAGACACUGGCGCAGUUGCUAGUGCUCGAGCAGCUGAGAUCUAUGGUCUUGAUAUUGUAGCUGAAAAUGUUCAGGACGACGCUGACAACAUUACUCGCUUCCUUAUACUUGCGAGAGAACCUAUCAUUGCAGGGAACGGCAAGCCAUAUAGGACGAGCAUUGUUUUCACCCUUGAAGAAGGUCCAGGUGUGCUGUUCAAAGCACUGUCCGUGUUCGCUAUGAGGGGCAUCAGCUUGACAAAGAUAGAGAGUCGGCCACAGCGAAAGCGCCCAAUGAGAGUGGUUGAUGAUUCUAACAAGGGCAGUGCCAAGUACUUUGACUACCUCUUUUACAUAGACUUCGCAGCUUCCAUGGCAGAAGAACGUGCUCAGCGUGCUCUCGGAAACCUAGAGGAGUUUGCUCGAUUUCUCCGAGUUCUUGGUAGCUAUCCAAUGGAUACCAUUCGAUAAGACAGCCUGCGGUGGGUUAUAUUUGAAUAGCAAGACAGAAAAGGAAUGCAGUUGGCGGCGUAUGUUGUACAGACUGAUAUAGAGAAUAGGGAAGGCGCCAUCCAUGCAUUGCUGAUGGUUGCUGACUUUGCUGUAAAGGAGCUGGCGUUUUUUGCAUACCUGCUUUCUUCUUCAUUCAUAUUUCUUCUUGUUCUUGGAGGGAUUCUGUUACUCUUUGCAUUGUUUACUAGAAGGAUUGGUGGCUGAGAACGUUUUAUAGCUUCUGGAGCAUGUGUUCCUUUUAUAGCUUCUAAGGUGAUGUUGGGGACUGAGAACGUUUGAACUUGAGUUAGAUUGCUGCAGUUUCCCUUAUUUAUCAAAGCUAUGAACUUCCAUUUUUCCUACAUGAAGACUUGAUACUUGAAAGCGGCUAAUGAAUGCUCAGUUGAUAAUAAUAGGGUAAAUACCACAUUUGGUCACUGAGAUUACUGAAUCGCGUCAUGUUUAGUCACUAGAAAAAUUUAAUAUCAAUUUUGGUCACUCGAAUUACUGUAACAAGUCCCGUUAAUUUCUAUCCAACUUCAUUAAUGGAGUUGGACGGAAACUAAUGGGAGAGUGACUAAAUGUGACAUGUUUUAGAAAUUCGAGUGACUAAAUGUGACGUGUUUUUAGUAAUUCGAGUGACGGGAGUUGGACGGAGGCUAACGGGAGAGUGACUAAAUGUGACAUGUUUCAGUAAUUCGAGUGACCAAAAUUGAUAUUAAAUUUUUCUAGUGACUAAACAUGACACAAUUUAGUAAUCUUUGUGACCAAAUGUGGUAUUUACCCGAUAAUAGCUAGGUCACCUCACGUAGCAACCUUAGCAUGCCACACCCUACUUAGAGGCACAAGACGGGUCUCCGUAAUUAGAGCGAGCAACAACAUUUAUCAAUUGCUAAAACCUAAUUGAGUAUUGUGUACUAAAACCGUGGCGAUCUGUUUCAUACCAAUAAUAACCACCUAUAGGCUAUCGAUAAAGUAUUUUUUUAACCAUCGAACCCUGCCAGUAUGAUAUGGUUUCACAAGAUAACAUUAUAGUCUGCUCUCACGUCACAGGAUCAUCCAAACCACUUAUUUCAUACUACUACACUAGCAAUACAGAGUUACAUAAUUCCGCAGUCCACACAUCUCUUUUAUGUAAGCGAUCCAAAAAUUUUGAAUAGAUAUUUAUAUGAAUUUUCCACGAUGAUUUAAUCAAUGCAAUUUAGGAUG